GCGUCCGAGGCGGUUGUUCCGGAAAGAGUCGUUCCAGGGUUUCGAAUUGCUUGUUACAGCCGGGGCAGAUCCGUACCUUUGGGAGAGACGCCGAAAUGGUAUCAGUGAUGAAAGCAGGGCCCAACUGGCGCCAGAUAGGCCUACUUAACCUGCUUCUUGUUGCAUCUCUCAGUCGAGGAGAAAUUUAUGAGACGCGGCAGAUGGAACAGAUCAAGGAGUACAGAUCCGAGGAUGUAGAGAUAUGCGUCAAGCCACUCAGCUCCGAGGUUGAGCUGAAGGUCGUCCUCAUGGUUAAGUCUACGGCAUCUCCUACUAAGUACGAUGCCGGUUCUUCGCUGAUUAAACAGGAGUCCUUAGCCCCCGUUGACAGCUUGCAUAAGCUGAGCAUCAAACACGUCACUCCUGAAUAUAAGCAUAAUCUCAUAGUCAAGGUGGACAGCAGAAAUGUCAGCUACAACUUUACUGGCAAAGACAAAUGGUUCACCACAUCUUUCGCUUAUGAAAAAAUUAUCCUCUACGCUAAGGGUAAAGUGGAAGUUAUGGACUGCAAUGCUCUGGCCACCACAGCAGACCCUAACUUAUCGUGGUCGAUAGGCGGCAUGCCCGUCGUGCUCCUGACGAUUGUAGCGGUGGUAGUCCUGGCCGUGUCCAUCAUCUUGUGCGUGGUCUGCUGGCGGAAGAGGAGCCAGGCCAAACGCAAGGCGACGAAGGCUGCGCAGCUCGAAGGCUUCCGACACACAGAUUACCAGGUGGUAGACACAAGGGAUGAAAUGGAAGGGAACAAGGAGGGACCGAGGAAAGACGAGGAUGCCCGGCUUAACCAGACGAUGGACGACUCUUAUGAACCGGUAAUGAACCACGGGCGUCCUCUAACCACUUUCAGCAACAGCGGCACAGAUAACCAACACCAUUAAGGACAGGGUGAGUCAAGUGAGACAGUUCUCUAGGGAAGCAUCUAUGGAGGUUUGGAACAUCGUGCAUUUCUAAUUUAUUUCUCACUAUCACAUCCUUGCGGUACAAUUGUCGAUGCUAAGUUCCUAUAUAUUUUUUACCUCGUCAUCUUUUAUUUCUCACUCGUAAGAACUUAUUACACUGACUCUCAGAUUAUCCUCUUCUCUCUUCGUCUUUUACGCAGAUUUAGUUCAGUAUUCACGCCGAAAGGCCGUACUAUAGAAUAUCAUUACUUCUACCUCGCAUUUUACAUUAUGCACUGCCUUGUGUUUUGAUAUAAUGUUUACAAGGAAGAUCUGUGUGAUCUCAAGUAAGUAAGUGGUGUUUCGUAUUUUAUAGCGCUAGUUUAUGUAUAAGAAAGGAGUUACACUGUAUACAUAGCCCGUUUGUGAUCCAUUAUCAUAUUUCGGUGUUUAGGCGUAACAUGAAAACUUUGGUGUAAGAAAAUAUGUUAGUAUAACUUGGCUUCGCAGACAACCAUUUUCAUUUCAGAAAGACUUGUAGUUACAAAUACAUCGUCAAGCUUGUAUCC